AUGUCAUCAGCGUUCGUUGAACUUUUACGUAAAGCGAAUCUUGAUUUUAUUGUCACACAAAAACCAUUGAAACUUGGCUCGCAUACUGAUGAUAUUCUCUUCGCUUCCUUGAUCGACCCGAAGAGCAAGACACUACAAUUAGUUGCAUGUUCACAUAAUUCCGAGUCAGCUACGCUGUGGUCGACAUCAUUAGACGAACGUACCUUUCAACUAAAUACUCGUCUUUUGGAUCUAGUCGAACUGGGUGAAACUAUGAACUUUCUCGCCGGACAUUUAACUCAAUCCGACUUUACAUUGAGUAAAUCGGAUAACAAACCACAACUGGCUGUCACAUUUGUCCAUUCAAAGACGAAACAAUCGAUCACGCUUCAAUUGGAUGAAUGUCUUGAUGAACAAAAUAAAGCACCAUUUCUAACUCGAAUUCUUUUUCAUGUUCACAAACGUAAUGAACAAUUGUCAAAUGAAGUCAAAACACUACAAGCACAAAUCAGAGACGUCUCGACAAAACGAACGUCAGAAAGUAGCAAACUAUCCGAUUCCACUCGCGAAAAAACAAGCGCAAUGAAAUCGAAAGAUCGUACACAAAUGAGUUUGAUUAAUCCAAGUACAAAGCGACGCAAAGCUGCAACCGGUGUCAGCUAUGGCGAUGACGACAGUGACUGA